AAAAAAAAAAAAAAAAAAAAAAAAACUAAAAACAUUGGUUGAAGGAGAAGAAGAGAGAGAAAGAAAAUUGUCUGGGUAAUGUAGGGGAAGAGAGGGGGCAAAGCUUCGGCAUUUGGUCUUUGCUUCUAUGUCUUUGUCGGUUCUUUCUCCGGCGACUACUUUUUAUCUUUCCCAUUUCCCGGCAACCUCGUCGGAAUUUCUCGCCGGAACUAAUUCAGUUGUUGACUUUUUUUUUAUUUUUCUUUUCAUUGAUGAGCUUCCUUUUCUACUUUUAAGCUGAUCUAACUAAGUUAAGAAAAUCUUAACCGCUUUCUGGUUCUAGCCUUUUUGAGUUAUUAAAAAAUAAAAGGCAUACUAUGAGCAAGUGACAACUACUGGAUCAAACUUUCCUUUUUAGUUAGUUAGCUUUGCCGGAGGAAGCAAUGAAGUCGCCGGCAAACGGUGCAGGAGCAGCAUCCGCCGCCGCUUUAAAUCCAGCUGAAGGAGGAGGAGGAGAGAAGAAGAGCAUAAACCCAGAGCUAUGGCAAGCAUGCGCUGGGCCUCUGGUCAGCUUGCCGGCGGCUGGGACGCUUGUGGUUUAUUUCCCUCAAGGUCAUAGCGAACAGGUUGCAGUGUCAAUGAAGAAGGAUAUAGAUGCUCAAAUCCCAAACUAUCCAAAUCUUCCUUCAAAGCUAUUGUGUCUGCUUCACAAUGUGACAUUGCAUGCGGACCCAGAAACAGAUGAAGUUUAUGCUCAGAUGACUCUCCAACCUGUUCCUUCUGUGAGGAUUUUAUAUGAAGUAACUGAUAGAAUAUGCUUGUUUGACAAAGAUGCUUUGCUGAGAUCAGAUCUUGCACUGAAGUCAAAUAAACCGCAGACAGAGUUUUUCUGUAAAACAUUAACUGCAAGUGACACGAGUACUCAUGGAGGUUUUUCUGUGCCUCGACGUGCAGCCGAAAAGAUUUUUCCUCCUCUUGAUUUCUCUAUGCAACCACCUGCUCAAGAAAUUGUAGCCAGGGAUUUGCAUGAUAAUGUCUGGACCUUCCGUCAUAUAUAUCGUGGACAACCGAAGCGUCACUUGCUUACGACAGGAUGGAGUCUGUUUGUUAGUGGAAAGAGGUUAUUUGCUGGCGACUCGGUUUUAUUUAUCAGAGAUGAAAAGCAGCAACUUCUCUUGGGCAUCAGGCGAGCAAAUAGACAAACUACUAAUUUAUCAUCAUCAGUUUUGUCAAGUGACAGCAUGCACAUUGGGAUCCUAGCUGCUGCAGCCCAUGCAGCAGCAAAUAACAGCCCCUUUACUGUGUUUUAUAAUCCAAGGGCUAGUCCAUCAGAAUUUGUCAUCCCGUUGGCCAAGUAUUACAAGGCGGUGUGCAGUAAUCAAAUAUCACUAGGCAUGCGCUUUCGGAUGAUGUUUGAAACUGAAGAGUCAGGAACAAGAAGGUAUAUGGGUACAAUUACUGGCAUUAGUGAUCUUGAUCCUGUAAGAUGGAAGAACUCACAAUGGCGUAACUUGCAGGUUGGAUGGGAUGAGUCAACUGCUGGUGAAAGGCGCAAUCGAGUCUCAAUCUGGGAGAUUGAACCCGUGACUGCUCCAUUUUUCAUAUGCCCACCUCCAUUCUUUAGAUCUAAGCGUCCCAGGCAACCUGGAAUGCCAGAAGGUGAUUCUGCCGAUUUAGACAACUUAUUUAAGAAGACCAUGCCUUGGCUUGGUGAUGAUAUGUACAUGAAAGAUCCCCAUUCUCUACCUGGCCUGAGCUUAGUCCAGUGGAUGAACAUGCAGCAAAACCCUUCCCUUGCUAAUUCACUGCAGCCCAAUUACAUGCAAUCCUUGUCGGGAUCUGUUCUGCAGAACCUUCCUGGGGCUGAUCUUUCCCGUCAGUUAGGCUUGUCAGCACAACAAUUGCCUCAGCCAAACAACUUACAGUUCAAUGCCCAGCGGCUGCCCCAGCAAGCACAGCAGCUUGAUCAGCUUCCAAAGCUGCAAUCCUCACUAAAUCCACUAGGUUCCAUCAUUCAGUCACAGCACCAGUUAGGUGACAUCACUCAACAACCGAGGCAAAAUUUGGUAACUCAAACCAUACCGUCAAGUCAAGUUCAACCCCAAAAUCUGCAGCCACAAACUCUAGCCCAAAACACUAACAUUCUUCAGCAACAGCCAUCUCUUCAAAGCCAUCAGCUUCCUAGAAACAUUUCUCAGAACCUGCAGCAACAGCAGCAGAAUCAACAGCAGCAUAUUAUGGGACAGAACCAACAGCAAAGUUUAUUGCAAACUCAGUUGCCUGAUCAAGUAACCCAACAUUUACAAAUGCCUGACAAUCAGAUUCAGCUUCAGCUGUUGCAGAAGCUUCAACAGCAACAGCAAUCGCUUUUGUCGCAGCAGUCUGUAUUGCAACAACCUAGUCAAUUUUCACAGCUUCAGGAUCCACAAAGGCAGUUUUUAGAGGCAUCCAAGAGCUUUGCAAGGUCCAUGCCAGCCAAUCAACUAUUAGAAAUGCCUCAAACAACUCCUGCCUCGCUUCCUCAGUCAAAUAUUAUUCAACAGCAGAUGACAAAGAAUGGCAACCAGACUAAUGCCCGGCUCUCACAUAUGCCACAGCAGCUGAAAUUCCAACAACAGCAGCCUGGCACACUGUCUGAAAUGCCUGGACAUAUGGGCCUUACCACAAGCUCAGUUGUCAAUCACUCAGUUGCCAAUCAUCUCUCUAUUGCUGGUAAUAUUAUAUUAACUUCAGCUGCAGGAGCAGGUCUGUCUGGAAUUACUGAGGAGGUCCCAUCUUGUUCAACUUCACCUUCCACAAACAAUUGUGCGAAUUUGGUUCAACCAAUGAACAGUCGGGUGCAUCAAAACACAGUUUUGGGAGAUGACGCGGCUCAGUCUGCUGCAACACUCCUAAGUCCCAAUGCCUUAGAAACAAUGUCAUGCAGUGCUAACUUGGUUAAAGAUUUGCAACAGAAAUCUGAUGUUAAGCCCUCAUUGAACAUUGCCAAGAAUCAAAGCCAAGGAUUCUUUCCUCCACAAACGUACCUAAAUGGUGCAACUGCCCAGGCAGAUUAUUUGGAUACGUCUUCUUCUACAACUUCAGUUUGUGUUUCUCAGAAUGAUGUCCAUUUGCAGCAGAACAACUCAUCUUCAUACAAUCCACAAUCAAUGUUGUUGAGAGACACAAGCCAAGAUGGGGAGCUCCAGGCAGAUAUUAGGAAUAGUGUUCCAUAUGGUACUAAUGUUGAAAGCCAGUUGGGCGUACCUAUGAACUCUGAUAAUGUGUUGUCAGAAGGCGUUAUAGGUUUGGGAAAAGACUUACCAAACAAUCUCUCGUCAGGUUGUAUGCUUGCUAACUGUGAAAACUCAAAAGAUGCUCCAUCUUCAAUGGUUUCCCAGUCAUUUGGAGUUCCAGAUAUGGCAUUCAAUUCAAUCGACUCCACAAUCAAUGAUAGCAGCUUCUUGAACAGAGGUCCUUGGGCCCCUCCACCACAGUUUCAGCGAAUGCGAACAUAUACAAAGGUUUACAAACGCGGAGCUGUGGGAAGGUCAAUUGAUAUAACCCGGUAUUCAGAUUAUGAUGAGCUUAAGCAAGACCUGGCUCGGAGGUUUGGUAUAGAGGGACAGUUGGAAGACAGACAGAGGAUAGGCUGGAAGCUUGUCUAUGUGGAUCAUGAAAAUGAUGUCCUGUUAGUUGGGGAUGAUCCAUGGGAAGAGUUUGUGAACUGUGUCCGCUGCAUUAAGAUCCUAUCGCCUCAGGAAGUCCAGCAAAUGAGCUUGGAUGGAGACUUUGGGAAUUCUGUCUUUCCAAAUCAAGCAUGCAGCAGCUCGGAUAAUGGCAAUGUGUAAAGUAGUCUACCAAAAUGCUAACCAUAUUCUUCCACGCUGGGACCGUAAAUUAUUUGUUCAAUUAUGUCAAUAGCUUUUCUAUAUGAUGUUUACUUUGGCUGAUGGUUUGUCAUUGAUUUGCUGGCUAGCAAAAGCACCGGCAAACAGAGAAUAUUAUGCCGACCUGUCUGCUUGCACGAGUAGCAGGUAAGCUGAAGUUGUAUUUUGGCAGUUAGGGUUCUUUUUCAAUUUGGCCUAGGUCUAAAAUAUAGAACAAAGAUCAAAAGCAGAAAAUCAGAGAUUUCUUCAUCAGAUCAAUUGAUGGUAUGCAACUGGUACAAGACUUGUUAAAGGUUUUGUCCGGCUUUAUAAAGAAUCCAGUUUAGUUUAUGCCUGUAAACUGGUUGAGAUGUUUGAUGUUGUUGUAAUGUUUAAUACUCAACUUGUUUUAUGUCUUUAGUAGCCAAGAAUUCUCCACUCAGAUAUGUUGUAGAAAGCAAAAGCAAGCAAUUGUAUGCCCUGUUUUUUGAGUAUAUAAAUGUGUAGAUUUCUUCAUUUUGCAGCAGAAAUUGCCUCGAGCUUGAAUGUAUAUGAGGUUACAUGGAAAGUUUGUAGUUGUGGUUGCAUUGUAUAAAACUGUCCCAAAUUAGAUUGUCCAAA